CAGUAUCAGAGGGCUUUUGCGCCAGAAACUCUCCGUUUCCUCUCUACUGCCAGGGCUUUUGCGCCAGAAACUCUACGUUUUCUCUCGUCUGCCAUUGCUUGAAGCUUCUGAAGCAGCUCUUGCGAGUGCAAUUUUGUGAAGAAAGCUGUUAUUCCUCUCGAGUUUUUCUAUAUUUUACGUACAAUAGGCAAUGGCUACUGAAGAAGACUCCGUCGAACAAGUUGCUGCAGCACGUCAAGAGAGAUUGAGAGCUCUAAGAGCUGCUCAGGAAUUGUUAAACGCUCCAGAUGAGAAAACUUCUGGAGGAGAGGAUAAAGAGAAUGGCGCUGCCGCAGAUACCGAAGAAACUAAUCUUGGUAUGAAAUUCCGGAACUAUGUUCCUCAUGAUAAGGAGCUCCAGGAGGGUAAGCUUGCCCCGCCUGUAUUGCCUAAGUUUGAGGACCCUGUUGCUACUGAACCUCCACAAUUAAAAGAGGACCCAUUUGUGAAUAUUGCUCCAAAAAAACCAAACUGGGACCUCAGAAGGGAUGUGCAGAAGAAGCUUGAUAAGCUUGAAAGACGUACUCAGAAAGCAUUAUAUAAGCUUAUGGAGGAACAGGAAAAGCAAAAGCAGUCAGCUGAAGGAGAUGAUGACCAAAAUGAUACAGAGGGAUAGUAUGCCACACAAGUCCGAUAUGCUAUGAAAAGUAUAUCAUUGAAGAAAACUGGGCGUUAUUUGGCUCAUAGGGUCAGUUUUUCUGUGACCUUUUUUUAUCAUUCUUGGCUGCAAAUCUUUAGUUUAUCUAUUGUUUGCUUAUGUGGUGUCCAUUUGACUAAUUUACGCCCCUUGGUGUAUCUCAUACUGGAUACUGAUCUGUAACUUAUCUACACUGCCUUUUAAGUUAUAACUUUGUGUUUCACUUAUUAUUUA